UAUUCACAACUGAAUGUUUUUUGCUCUUUAGUAUCACACAUGGCUAAUGAAUCACGGCCCUGCCCAUGUGAUAUUGGAGACAGGUUUGACUAUGGAGGCCGUGGGCAGGAAGUGCAAGUGGAGCACAUCAAGGCGUAUGUCUGCAAACCAGCUGCCAGCACAGACAAAGCUGUGAUUGUGAUUCAUGAUAUAUUUGGAUGGCAACUCCCAAACACCAGAUACAUGGCUGAUAUGCUAACAACUAAUGGAUACAUAGCCAUCUGCCCAGAUUUUUUUGUGGGACAAGAAGCUUGGAAACCUUCUAAUGACUGGGCAUCUUUUGAUGUCUGGCUGAAAACCCGCAAUGCCGGCAAAAUAGACAAAGAAGUUGAUGUCGUCCUGAAGUAUCUAAGGGAACAAUGUGGUGCAAAGAAGAUUGGUGUCAUUGGGUUUUGCUGGGGCGGAGCAGCAGUACAACAUUUGAUGCUAAAAAAUCCUCAUUUAAAGACCGGGGUGUCCCUCUAUGGAGUGAUCAGGUUCUUUGAGGACAAAUCCAAUUUGCUUCAUCCCACUUUCUUCAUUUUUGCUGAAAAAGAUGACCACAUCCCAUUGGAGCAAGUCACCCUACUUGAGCAGAAGCUUAAAGAAAACUGUAAAGUGGAUUAUAAAGUUAAAAUUUACCCUGGACAGACACAUGGGUUUGUACAUCGCAAAAGAGAAGAUAUCAAUCCUCAAGAUAAACCUUAUAUUGAGGAAGGACGAAAGGAUAUGAUGAACUGGCUGAAUAAAUAUCUUUAGCAUAAAUAAUUGCCCAUAAAAUAAAACAAUUAUUGUAGGAAACCAGAAAAUAAUACAGACUAUGUUGAUUAAAAUGUUCUUAAAGCAUCAAAAUAAUUUGUAAAA